CACAAAGUAUUAAAUGGCUUAUGUUGUUAUUGUUUUAGGAGGCGCAGAUAAUGUUCUUUGUACAUAGCGAUUGCUUGCCGGCGCUAGAUCUCAGUAUACAAGUCAAGAACGAAAGUGAAAGACGACUCUACGCGGUUGCCGUUGUCGAGUCUAAGGAACAUUGCUAUGCAAAGAAGAGCGGGAACCGUUACAACAUGCCGCGCGGGUCGCGGUUCUGUCGCGUGCGAGUGAAGCCGGCGCGCCUGCACCCGCCGCCCUGCUGCAGCGCCGACCACAAGCACAAGGAUGCAAUGAAGGGCGGUAUGCUGCCCGUGUUCAGUGGAAAUCGACCGCUCAAGAAAUGGUUGACCUACAUGCAUGCCCCAGACAUGCAGAAAUCGGUGGACACGAGUCAAUCGACGAGCUCGAACACGGACGAGGCGAAUAAAGUGUGCGAGGUGGUGACCGGCGCGCUCAUCAACCUCGAGUCGCCCGUCUCCAGCAGCGACGCCGCCUCCACCAGCAGCGCGCCGCCGCCCCCCGAGGACCAGCUCGACUCCAUCGAGGCCGGCGACCACUGGCACGCCGCCAAGAUGCAGCUCUCUACUAUUAGUGCUGUUACGGACAUGGAGUGCAGCGUGGGGCGUUGCGCGGAGCCGCUCGACCCGUGCGUGGAGGCGACCGCGCUACCGAGCGAGAGCCGAACGUGGCGCCGAGCGUGGAGCCUAGCAUGGAUCCGAGCGUGCAGCCGAGCGUACUGCCGAGCGUGCAGGCGAGCGUGCAGGCGCGCGAGGAGGCCGCGCCCUGACCCGCGGCGGCCGGGCCCGCCCCGCGCCGCCGACAGAUGGCGUUGCACCGCGGACGGCUUACCAGAUUUUGUGAAAACACCUUUAUUGUGCGACGAACGUUGCGAUCGUAUUGACGCACGGCCAACUCGCCAAGUGGAGAAAAACGCUCUGGAAGAUUUUACUGCGUAA